UAGGGAAUGAAGUUGUUCUCUCAGAAUUUUGGACGCCACUACAAAAUGGCCCACACCCUAUGUAGUGCACUUUAUAGGAGAUAGGCAGCGGUUUGAGACACAGCCGGGAGGGAGGGCGUGGUUUCUCGCUACAGGCUCAGACUUGACUAUCUAUUAGCAUUCGCUUUAGUUAGUUAUCAGCUGCCAUUAUCUCCAAAAAAAGAAAGGAAAGAAAGAAGACUGGAAUUCUGUAAAGAUCUUAUACAGUCUGACCACCUGAUGAAUGGAAACAGCUGACUGAGUUCAUGAGAAGUGAGGAAAUAAGGGUCCAGUUGUUCAUUGUGAGGUUAAGGAAAGUCAUGCCAGUAUGCCAUUUGCCUUCGGGGAGGAGGUGUAUUGUACCACUUAUGGUCAUGGGCUUGAUUGCCACCGGCAUUCUGAAACUGCCCAUGUUCACUACUAACCCAAAACCUGUCAUGAUGCGUGUAGAUCCCCAUCAUCGAGAGGUAAGGUGUUAGUAGUAGAGGACUGUGUAAAGCUGAUGUAGGUAGACAUGAAGAAGACGUCCAUACUCAUUUAUGCAGUUAUCCAAUCAGCCAAUCAUUUGGCAGAUACAGCGUGUUCAUUCUUUUGUCAGAAGAGUGCUAGCCCAAGAAUGCAGACCGUCUUUUGCAAGAAAGAAGAUCGAGAGGAUGUAUUCUAGUUCUGUGCACGUGUCUGAGCCCUUCUUACAAAAAAACAGCAAUAUAACAGAAAAAAUAUUUGAGUAUCCACCACCGUUUGGAUUUCACAACCUGCAACACAAGCUACAGGAAGUCCUGGAUCUCAUACCUAUUUCCUCGUCGGAGAAUACCGGACGGCGUGAUUGCCGCCGAUGUGUUGUAAUUGGCAAUGGAGGCAUACUUCAAGGUCUGGAGCUGGGGUCUCUCCUGAACCAGUUCAAUGUGAUCUUACGAUUGAACAGUGGCCCAGUGAGAGACUUCAGUAGAGAUGUGGGAAACCGCACUACUAUCAGGAUGAGUUAUCCUGAAGGCAGCCCGAAGAUAUGGGAAGAUGUGGACCCUCAGCUUCAGUUUGUAGCCGUGAUUUACAAAGCUGUUGAUUUCAACUGGCUUCAUGCUAUGCUCUCAGGAACAACGAUAUCACUCUGGGACAAGCUGUUUUUCUGGCAGAAGGUACCCGGUAGCAUUCCAGUUGAUCCGUCAAAGUUCCGUAUACUAAAUCCUGCAAUCAUCAGGGAGGCAGCCUUGGAUCUGCUCCACUACCCAAAGCCUAAGGCUCGACUUUGGGGUUGGGAUCAGAAUGUUCCUACCUUGGGGGUAUCUGCUGUUAACCUGGCGACCUACUUGUGUGAUGAAGUCAGCCUAGCAGGCUUUGGCUACAACCUUAGGCAGAAGACAUCACUGCAUUACUAUGACAACCUACCUGUGACUGUUAUGCUAAAGCAAGCCAUGCACAAUGUGGACCACGAGACAGUGUUUCUCCAGAGAUUGGUUGCUGCUGGCGGCAUUCUGGACCUUACAGGGGGAGUACAUUGCAGUUUCUGUUCAACAUAAAGCCAUUUUGCACUAAUUCUGGGAUAUCUUGACAGCCCAAAAACAAAAUAUAAUAGUUUCAUUGUAAUUAAUACAUGUUGCAAUUUUAUUUAUUUUGCUUCGUUAAAAGCAUUUUGUUUGUCUCGUUCACAGCUGUUACUGACUUAUGUUCUGUUGCACCAAUUGAACAGUGUAUUUUAAUGAUUGUGUAUUUUUAAUAAUGUACAUGUACUUUCAUUUUCAUAUUUUACUCAGACUUUUACACUCACCAUCCACUUUUAAUAGGAAUGUGUACCUGUACACCUGCACAUUCAUGCAGUUAUCCAAUCAGCCAAUUAUGUGCCAGCAGAACAAUUCAUCAAAUCAUGCACGUACAGGUCAAGAGCUUCAGGGAAUGUUCACAUCAAACAUCAGAACGGUGAAAAAGUGUCAUCUCUGUGACCUUUACUGUGGCAUGUUUGCUGGUACCAGAUGGGCUGGUUUGAGUAUUAGUAUUUAGUACCAAAACUGGACAGUUGAAGACUGGAAAAAGACCUGGUGGGUGGUGGUUGUGUUUUUUUUUUUUGUUUGUUUUUUCCUCUUUAUUUGUCUAGUUUCGACGAGCCUGUGCCAACGAUAGCCUCAGAUUCAUGUUCUUGGCUGACAGAAAUGGAACCCAAUGUGUGUGUCUGCUCUUGUAGCAAGUCCACUUCAAAGUUCAAUGUUCUGUGCAUGCGGAGAUGCUUUUCUGCUCACCACGGUUGUAAAGAGUCAUUACUGUUACUCUGUCCUUCCUGGCAGCUCAAACCAAUCUGGCCAGUUUCAAUCCACAAGCGUUUUAAUCCACAGAACUGUGUUUUUGUUUUUUUGUUGUUGUUGUUUUUACGCACCAUUCUGUGUAAACUCUAGACACUGUUUUGUGUGUGUGUGUGAAACUCGGCAGAGAUCAGCAGUUUCUGAAAUACUCAAACCAGCCCGUCUUGCACCGACAACCAUGCCACGGUUAAAGUCACAGAGCGCACUUUUCCCCGUUCUGAUGUUUGAUGUGAACAUUAAGCGAUGCUCUAGACCUGUAUUGCUUGAUUUUAUGCAUUGUGUUGCUGACACGUUAUGGGCUGAUUGAAUAACUGCAUAAAUGAGCAGAUAUACACGAGUUCCUAUUAAAGAGGACGGUCCAUAUGCGGACAUGGCGUUAUACGCAGCUAGUUUAUUUAUGUUCAGGAGACUAAAUUAAAACGUAUUACAGUCCCAGUAAAAACUGACUGUGUGGCAUGUUUUCAACUCACCGGGUUCGUACAAUGUACUUGAAGUGGUUGAAUUUGGCCUUUUGAAAUAUAAGUACUGGAAAACCCUGAAAAUAGCCGUUUUUGAAUCUAGCGGUGCUUACAACGUACUUGUAUUAUAAAAAGUCAAUGAAUCUGAAAUCGCUAAAUAACCCAAGUGUUUAUUUUCAGUAGAACAUGAAUACAUCCUUUCACUCAAACUAUGACUCCCUAUGAUCAAACUAUGAUGUGAAGGAUCUGGAGAAAUUCUGUAUGGAGGAACGGUCUCAGAUCCCUUACCAUGUAUUCUCCAUCCUCAUCACGCGUUAUAGCAGAAGACUCUGCGCCACCUCCCUUUGUCAAGAUAACAGCUCAACGUGUUGACUAAAAGGGUGCCAAUAAUUAUGACGCACACAUUUACCAAAUAAAUUUUUUUUUUUUUUUUGAUAAACCUGUUUGCAACUGUUCGAUAUCCAUGAGAGCAGAGAAUUUUUGUAAAAAAAAAAAAAAAAAGUAACACUAUCAAAAGGUUAAACAAAAAAGACACAGCCGCCUUUCAUAUUUACCAAGGGUGCCAAUAUUAGUGGAAGACACUGUAAAUUAGACGGACGGACGGAUGGAUGGAUAGAAAGAUAGAUAAGCAGAAGAUAAUUAUGUAAUGACACUGCAGAUCUAACAACGCUGAUUGGUUUGUUUGUUUAUUUAUUUAUUUAUUUUACAACAUUUAAGGUAACACUUUCUAUGAGGCCCAUGCUUAUGAUGAACUAUUGACCCGUUUAUAAUUUAUAAGCAUGUAUUACUGCUCCAUAAACACACUUAUAACGACACACAAAGACCUAUACUUCAUUAUAAUAACAGUUUACACUAUUGUUAUAAUUACUUAAAAGUGAUACACUUGCUUUUUCAAUGCCCAUGCUCAUAAUGCAUUAUACACCAAUUUAUAAGUAUUAGUCAGUCUUAUGGUUCCAUUAAUGUAUUUAUAAAAAUACAGGCUGCAUUUUUAUAAUGUUAUGUUAUAGUUGUAAUGACUUAUUGGUAAAGCAGAAUUAUUUCUAGGCCCAGUUAGUGAACUAUUUUAUAUUGUUGUUGACGGUUACGUCGUGCUGCCUUAUAAACACUUAUUGUGAGUUAUAAUACAAUUACUAACCUUUAUCAGUGCAUAAUCGAUGGCUUAAAGUAAAGUGAAAGCAUAGGAUGCAGUUUCCAUAAUGGAAAUUGAAUGUGGUUGGCAUGGAGGCGAUCAGCCUGUGGCACUGCUGAGGUGUUCUGGAAGCCCGGGUUGCUUUGAUGGCGGUCUUCAGCCCGUCUGUAUUGUCGGGUCUGGUGUCUCUCGUAGAUUCUCUAUGGGGUUCGGGUCAGGCGG